AUGGCUUUAAUUAAAUGCAAUGUCAAUAAUAAGAAGAAGUCCACAAAAACGAAAACAACUGCCAGCGCCCAAGCUAAAAAUACUUUGCACAGAUGUAAUAAAGUAGGCCAUUUAAAUAUGAUAGGAAAGUCAGAAUUAUCUGAUCUGAGGUCUGUUAGUAAAGACCUGCAACAAACUGAUCGUGUCAUUAGAACACCAGAUGCCUAG